AUGGGCAGCCAAAAGCGGAUAGCAAAGGAGCUAGCUGAGCUUGUCGAUUCCCCUCCCGAAGGUAUCAAAGUCGAGCUCGCAAACGAAGCAGAUCUCUACGACUGGAAAGUCUACUUGAACGGCCCCGAAAGCUCCCCUUUCCACAACGGCACGUUCCUAGUCAAACUCAAGUUCCCCAACGAAUACCCCUUCAAGCCCCCCGCGGUCAACUUCGCAACGAAGAUAUACCAUCCGAACGUUACAAAUGACGAUAAAGGAAGUAUGUGUCUGGGGAUGCUGAGGCCCGACGAGUGGAAGCCCAGUUCGCGGGUAGUGGCGGUACUGCAGUUUGCUCGUCAGCUGCUGGCCGAACCAAUGCCGGACGAUGCUGUUGAGGGACGGAUUGCGGAGCAGUACAAGAAUGAUCGGGCGCGGUAUGAGGAGGUGGCGAGGGACUGGACACGUCGGUAUGCGAACGAGAAGGCAUAA